UAUGGAGUCUAUGGAGACACAGUGGUUUGCGUAUAAGAAGACAGUAAACCCACUUCUUCUAUUCUCCAGUCCGGUCACUCACUUCAUUUCACUACCAACUAGUAUUCACUUCUGUCGCCGGGCGACUUCUAUCACUUAGUACAUUUUUUGAUCAUCUAAUCGUUCAUCCAACUUCAAUCACCCACCACUACUUUACCACUUAAUCGAAAGAUCCAACCACCCAACCGACAACAUGCUUCCUCAACACGUCCUCUUCGCGCUCGUCGCCACUGUCGCUGCCGUCCCCCUUAACAUCAACUUGGGUGCCUACUCGCCUGCCCUGGUAGUCGGUGAUGGAGAGAUCUCGCUAGGAUCAACAGAAUCAGCUUCAGAGUUGAUGGCUACGCUCGCUUCGGGAGCCGCAGCCAACGCCGGUGGGGAGGGCGCAGCACAAGGUCAGCAAGAACAACCGGCCGCCGAACAGCCCGCAGCUGAAGGCGAGCAAGCUCAAGAACAACCAGCUGAAGGAGAAGCAGCUAAACGAUCCAACCUUCGCCGCGCCGUCAACGACAUCAUCAGCAAGCGUGCUCCCGUCGAGCCCAAGAUGGCAGCCGUCGAGGAGGCCAUGCAAUGGAUCAAGCGCGACCUCGCUGGCUUCAACGCUGCUCUCGGCUACGCCAAGGAGGCCCAGAAGGACAUGCCCAAGGUCGAGAUGGGCACUGAGAACGCCGGUGUCGGUCUCCUCGUCAACCCCGGUGUCAACGUCCCCAAGGACUCUGCCGCCGCUGGCGCCCCUGCCGAGAAGCGCAAGCGCGACGAGGUGGUCGAGGAAGAGGACGCACCCAAGAUGACUUUGGUCGCCAUCACCGAAGUCUGAGCACUAUACCCGACUUUGCAUUUCAGCUAGCAUCGUCUCCCUCCAAAAGACAUCACGCGCCAUGGGAGGAGAAGUUAUAUACGACAAUCAUGUCACAAGCUCGAUCUUGUAUGUUCCGAGCGCGAGUUUUCUUUUCAGCAAGCAUCAGCAGGAUCCCGCGUACUGCGGACCGGAAGAUGAGGAGUUUUUGGGUAACGGUAUUGAUGGAUGGACGGACGAACAAGGCAAUGGAAGAUGAGAUAAAACGUC